AUGGCUCAAUCCGUGACGGCCCAAAGCUACUCCUCCCACGAUCUAGCGAUCGACAUGGUGGCUCAACCAUCUCUCGCCGCCAUGAACCCACAACAAACCCUUGUUGUUGCACAACAGCAGCCGCCCCGUGUGAUUGGAACCACCGUGCCACCCGCCGGACUCGCAGACUGGUUCCACACCCUGCCAUCCGGGUCGAUCAGCAGCUUCAAAGAGCUUGCUUAUGUCUUCACCAAAGAGUACACUUCUUAUCGGACGAUCAAGAAGAACCCUGACCAUCUGUUCAACGUGCAAAAGAAGUCUGAUGAAUCCCUCCGAGACUACAUCAAGAGGUUCAAAGCAGAGAGGGCAAACAUUGUAGGAUGUGAUGACCAAAUUGCAUCCUCCGCCUUCAAGAGGGAGUUGCCAAUUGAAUGUAAGCUAUAUCGCGAGCUGACCAUCUCUCCCCACCAAACAUUGAUAGAAGUCUUUGCUACAGCAGAGCGCUACGCACUAUGGGACGAUGACCAGAUUGCCGCGAAGAAGGCUGAUCAAGCAGCUAAGCAGGCAAGCAAAGAGAACGGCAAGCGCAGAUCACAGCCUCAGGAAGGUGCUCCAACAACAGAGAAGUACACCAAGUUCACUAUCCCGAUACACCAGAUCCUAGCUCAAGUAAAUGACAUGCCUUGGUUGAAGAAACCAUCACCUUUAAAGGGAAACCUAACCAAGAAGGAUACCAGUAGAUACUUCACAUUCCAUGAAGGGUAUGGUCAUUAUACAAACGACUGCUUCGCCUGA